CUUCUCAGCUCUCUCUCUGCAUCUCUCUCCUCUCUUUCUCUCUCGCUGCUCCCUUCCUCCUGUAACUGAACAGUGAAAAUUCACAUUGUGGAUCCGCUAACAGGCACAGAUGUCAUGUGAAAACGCACAUGCUCUGCCAUCCACACCGCCUUUCUUUCUUUUCUGUUUCCUUUUCCCCCCUUGCUCCUUCUCCCUCUUCUUUGUAACUAACAAAACCACCACCAACUCCUCCUCCCGCUGCUGCCCUUCCUCCUCCUCCUCAGUCCAAGUGAUCACAAAAGAAAUCUUCUGAGCCGGAGGCGGUGGCAUUUUUAAAAAGCAAGCACAUUGGAGAGAAAGAAAAAAGAAAAACAAAAGCAAAACAAAACCCAGGCACCAGCCAGCCAGAACAUUUUUUUCACCCUUCCUGAAAACAAACAAACAAACAAACAACCAUCAAAACAGUCACUACCAACAACAUCAAACUGUUAACAUAGCGCGGCGGCAGCGGCAAACGUCACCCUGCGGCCACGGCGUCUGCCUGAAGGGAUGGUUUUCUCCGCAGAGCAGCUCUUCACCGACCACCUUCUUCACUCGUGCUGAGCGGGAUUUUUGGGCUCUCCGGGAUUCGGGCUGGGAGCAGCUUCAUGACUACGCGGAGCCGGAGAGCAGCCACACCAUGCGAGCACAAAUUGAAGUGAUACCAUGCAAAAUUUGUGGCGAUAAGUCCUCUGGGAUCCACUACGGAGUCAUCACGUGUGAAGGCUGCAAGGGAUUCUUUAGGAGGAGCCAGCAGAACAAUGCCUCUUAUUCCUGCCCAAGGCAGAGAAACUGUUUAAUUGACAGAACCAACAGAAACCGUUGCCAACACUGCCGACUGCAAAAGUGUCUUGCCCUAGGAAUGUCAAGAGAUGCGGUGAAGUUCGGGAGGAUGUCCAAGAAGCAGAGGGACAGCCUGUAUGCUGAGGUGCAGAAGCACCAGCAGCGGCUGCAAGAACAGCGGCAGCAGCAGAGCGGGGAGGCGGAGGCCCUUGCCAGGGUGUACAGCAGCAGCAUCAGCAACGGCCUGAGCAGCCUGAACAGCGAGACCAGCGGCGCUUAUGCCAACGGGCACGUCAUUGACCUGCCCAAGUCCGAGGGCUACUACAGCGUCGACUCUGGUCAACCAUCCCCUGAUCAGUCAGGACUUGACAUGACUGGCAUCAAACAGAUAAAGCAAGAACCUAUCUAUGACCUCACGUCCGUCCCCAACUUGUUUACCUAUAGCUCCUUCAACAAUGGGCAGUUAGCCCCAGGGAUAACAAUGACAGAAAUCGAUCGAAUUGCACAGAACAUCAUUAAGUCCCAUUUGGAGACAUGUCAGUACACCAUGGAAGAGCUGCACCAGCUGGCAUGGCAGACCCACACAUACGAAGAAAUUAAGGCGUAUCAAAGCAAGUCCAGGGAAGCGCUGUGGCAGCAGUGUGCCAUCCAGAUCACUCACGCCAUCCAGUACGUGGUGGAGUUUGCAAAGCGGAUAACAGGCUUCAUGGAGCUCUGUCAAAAUGAUCAGAUUCUACUUCUGAAGUCAGGUUGCUUGGAAGUGGUUUUAGUGAGAAUGUGUCGUGCCUUCAACCCAUUAAACAACACUGUUCUGUUUGAAGGAAAAUAUGGAGGAAUGCAAAUGUUCAAAUCCUUAGGUUCUGAUGACCUAGUGAAUGAAGCAUUUGACUUCGCAAAGAAUUUGUGUUCCUUACAACUGACAGAGGAAGAGAUUGCUUUGUUCUCAUCUGCUGUUCUGAUAUCUCCAGACCGAGCCUGGCUCAUAGAACCAAGGAAAGUCCAGAAGCUUCAGGAAAAAAUUUAUUUUGCACUUCAACAUGUGAUUCAGAAGAAUCACCUGGAUGAUGAGACCUUGGCAAAGUUAAUAGCCAAGAUACCAACCAUCACAGCAGUUUGCAACUUGCACGGGGAGAAACUGCAGGUAUUUAAGCAAUCUCAUCCAGACAUAGUGAAUACACUGUUUCCUCCGUUAUACAAGGAGCUCUUUAAUCCUGACUGUGCCACGGUCUGCAAAUGAAGGGGACGAGAGAACUGUCUGGUAGUCAUGGAAUGCAUCACCAUUAAGACAAAAGCAAUGUGUUCAUGAAGACUUAAGGAAAUUGUCACUACUGCAACAUUAGGAAUGUCCUGCACUUAAUAGAAUUAUUUUUCACCGCUACAGUUUGAAGAAUGUAAAUAUGCACCUGAGUGGGGCUCUUUUAUUUGUUUGUUUGUUUUUGAAAUGACCAUAAAUAUACAAAUAUAGGACA